UUUUAAAGGCAGGGAGCGUUUUUAUCAUAAACCUGAAUCAUUUAUAGGUGGAAGCUGAGGAGCGGCGGCUGCGUGCGUGGAGUGAUGACGCGGUGGUCAGGUGUCGAGUCAUAUAUCGAGUAGAGCUGUCCGGGUGCUGAAAACACCAGAGCCGCUCCGAGAGAUGCGACACACCUUCACUGCUGUCUGAGCUUUAUUACCAAAGGUAAUAAAUAGCCUAUAAUGCUGCAUUUUCACCACAAGUUGCCCGCGGGGGGAGCUCUGCUGCUGCUCGCCGUCCUCCAUGGAUGCGCGGUGCAGUCCGCGUCUCUUCCCCGACAUUACAGGCUCCGAGGCGGCGAGAGCGACGCUCCGGCUGCGCCCAGCCCAGACAUGGUCAAAGCCCUGGAGUACAUCGAGAACCUAAAGCAGCGCAACAGGGCUCGACCCGAACACGCGGAUUACGACGAGGUGGACAAGUUUCGGGUUCUGCUUCAGCUCGCCGCGCAGCAGGAUGAAGAGCCCGGGGCUCGUCAGUCGCCGAGACAAGAUAUCACCGCCGAGCAGCUGAUGCAGGCUCUGCUCAGAUCCCUGCAGGAUCCGGCCAAGCAGAGCCCCGCGUCCGCGCCCAGAAACGACCGCCGGACGCACCGCCACCGCACCAAAGAACCGGAGGCUGCCGAGAGCGCACCAGUUGACUACGGCAAUUUCCCCAGAGCGCACAAGAAAUACCCGCUGAUGUUCGAAGAUGAGGAGAACGCGGACGCUUCCAAGCGGGCGACAGAGGACCUGGACGAGCAGUACACCCCUCAAAGCCUCGCCAAUCUACGCUCCAUCUUCGAAGAGCUGGAGAGGAUGCCAAUCGGACAGAAGAGAAACGAGGAAGAGGAGGAGGAGGAUGGUGAUGAAGAGUGGGUCCCGGUGGAGGAGAGGGAGGAAACAGAGGAGGUUGUCAAUGGGAGUCAUGAGGAGAUAGCUAGGGCUCUAGGUGAGGAGGAGGAGGAGAUGCAAAGGCGGGAGAACCAGGAGGAGGCUGAUGAUGACACCAAGCUGGUUGACUACUACCUGCUGAAGGUUUUGGAGAUGAGCGAUCAAACCCAGAAGAGGGAUAAAACGGGCGAGCAGAGGAAAAGGCUCAUCCGGCCCUCCAUUGUUGACCCCCGGACUGUGAAGGAGCUGCUGGAGCUCUCCUUGAAGCUCCACGUCCCGCCGCAGGACCUCAUUGACAUGCUGCUCACAGAGGAGCUCCGGAAGCUGCACCGCAACCCUCAAGCCUCCUCGACUCGAUACACCACCGGUCCGGCUCCCAAGAUCAGGUACUACAGCCGCAGGCUGCCACUGAAGAGCAAGACCGCCCCCGAGGACAUGGACCGAGAGGAUUUCUUGGACAUCAUCGGCGUGGAGACCAUCAGUAACGAAUAUCCAGUGAUUCAGAGACCCCUGAAGACCUCGCCGUCCUCAGUGGCGUCCAACCCCUCUGGAGUGGCGAAAAUCCCGCCUCCAACCGGGCGCAGGGAGAACCUCUUCCUAUCAGAGCUCAACAAGAUGCCACUGAAGCGUCAGGCUGAUGACGACGACGAAGACGACGUUGAAGAUGAGGUGACCACCUACCUGGCAGCUAAAAUCCUCACCGAAUACCCCAACUCCAUCUCCAAGAGGGACACGCAGGCUCAAAUGAAGGGCCAGUUCCCUUAUGAUCUGUACGAGCGGGCCAUGAAGGAAUACCUGGGCCAGUCGGAGUCAGAUAAGAGACCGGUGGCCAAGAGGGAGGUCGAGGAGGCUAGGGAGGAAGAGGUGAACGCCACUGACACGCAGGAGAAGGAGGAGGCUGAGAAGACCGCAGCUCCACAGACCAUGAAUGACGGAGCGGAGCUGGAGCACCGCGAGAAAACCGCAGCCGGGAUGUAGAUCGGACCCCCAACCCAUUUCCCGCAAGGCGCACGAAAUCCUAAAUAUAUUUAUUUAACAAUAAAGUUUGGUGUGAUCUAGUUUCUCUUAUACAAACACGAGAUAUAUAACCUGGUGAAAACUAGUCUGCUGCAAUGGUGAUGUCCAUGAAUGUAUGGGAAAAUAAAAAGUAUGACGCAACAUUGUAAAUCCAGUAAAUCGUGUGGAAAUGAAGCAGUAUUUUUACUAGAUUUUGCUGUUAAAACCUGGCGCAGCAAAUUUCCAAAAUUCUGGAUUGUAUAAGGAAUUUUUUUUAGGGCCACAUGAGAGGCCAAGAGCGAGUGUUGUUGUGACUCGUGAUAUAUUCAGGGUUAGUGACUUUGUUGUUAUAAUGGAUACUUAUUUCUCGGUCUGAAUAUUGGACUUCCGCUUGCCUUCUGAACCCUUUCAUACUGCAGAGCUCUGUAUCGUCAGCCUACCAGUGGUUGUGUCAUGUGAUGCUCAUUUUUAAACCAUUUUGUACAUGUUCAACAAUGUGUGACCAAAUCACAGAUGAAUAAAGCAUCAGCGGUAUUAUUUUU